CGGCGGGCCGCGCGGCGUCGGCUCACGGCUCCCGGCGGGUCUCGGGGUGUCGGACUGCGGCUACCGGCGGGCCGGCGGAGCUGCUGCGAUGCUGGUGGCGGCGGCGGCCGAACGGAACAAGGAGCCCAUCCUGCGCGUGCUACGGCAGUACAUGGACCCGGCGCAGCGCGGCGUCCGCGUGCUCGAGGUGGCCUCGGGCUCCGGCCAGCACGCGGCCCACUUCGCGCGGGCCUUCCCCCACGCCGAGUGGCAGCCGUCCGACGUGGACCAGCGCUGCCUGGACAGCAUCUCGGCCACCACCCGGGCCCAGGGGCUGUCCAACGUGAAGGCCCCGCUGUACCUGGACGUGACCUGGGACUGGGAGCACUGGGGCGGGAUCCUGCCGCAGUCGCUGGACCUGCUGCUCUGCAUCAACAUGAUCCACAUCAGCCCCCUGAGCUGCACGGAGGGGCUCUUCAGAGCCGCGGGACAUCUGCUCAAGCCCAAGGCGCUGCUGAUCACCUAUGGGCCCUAUGCCGUCAACGGGAGAAUCACUCCGCAGAGUAACGUGGAUUUUGAUCUAACUCUUAGAUGCAGGAACCCUGAGUGGGGGCUGCGGGACACAGCCCUCCUGGAGGACCUGGGCCAAGCCAGUGGCCUCCUGCUGGAGAGGAUGGUGGACAUGCCGGCCAACAACAAGUGCUUGAUAUUCCGGAAAGAGUAACUCUCUCCUUCUCUCGCAUGUUUGUGUCUCCACGGGGUCCCCCUGGAACAAACCCAGAUGCCAGCCCCUGCCUCCCAGGGCUGGGCCAUGAGGGGUGGCCUGGACCAGUCUGGGGGCUCUUGGCCGGAGGCCACAGGGCUGCUCAGAACCUGGGAAUAAAGUGUUUUCUGCU